AACUGAAUGUAAACUUCCUGAAAGUCCCCGUCAGACAGCUGCUCUCGGCCAGCUCAGUGACACCUUUGGCGGUGACGACAACCUGUCUGUCCGUUCGUCCGGUCCGUCUGUCUGCUCUCUGGUCUCCCAUCCCGACGGGCCCCUGCUCGAAGUUAAAAGGGUUGUCAGCCAGGAUCAUGCCACCAAAGAGACGAGCUGCUUCCGGUGCCAAGGCAGGUGGCAAGAAGGCCAAAGAGGAGACGCCAAAGCCCAAAGAUGCUUUCACCUCUGCAAAAGAGGCCCUUCUGGCUGCAGGGCCACAGGUGAAAGGGAAGAGGAAGGUGGAUGAGCACUGCUCGCUGUCAAGCCAAGGAGAGGUGCAUGAGGACUAUGACUGCAUGCUCAAUCAGACAAACAUUGGGCAUAACAAUAAUAAGUUUUAUGUCGUUCAAGUCAUCAAAGCAAACAACACUUACUAUUCAUGGAACAGAUGGGGCAGAGUGGGGGAAGUGGGACAAAGCAAACUGAACAAGUUUGAUAAGGUUGAGACUGCUGUCAAGGACUUUGAGAAAAAGUUUAAGGACAAGACAAAGAACAAUUGGAGCGAUCGGUUGAAUUUUGUGUCUCAUCCUGGAAAGUACACCCUGAUCGAGGUGGAUGGAGAGCAGGAUGCUGAAGUCAAGGUGGAUAGCGUCGACGGAAAGACUGUCAAAGUCACAAAAAACGUCCUACCCUGCACCCUCGACAAUGCUACAAAGAAACUCAUCGAGCUCAUUUUCAGCAAUGACAUGUUCAAAGAGGCGAUGGAAUGUAUGAACCUAGACAUCAAGAAGAUGCCUUUAGGCAAACUCAGUAAGAUGCAGAUUGCAAAGGGCUUUGAAGUGUUGGAAGAGAUUGAGGCAGCCAUGAGCCAAAAAAGAAGAAGCGCGUGUCUAGAAGAGCUGUCCUCAAAGUUCUUCACCGCUAUCCCACACAACUUUGGCCGGAACAGGCCGCCAACCAUUGACAGCAAAGAAAUUGUGGAGCAGAAGAAAGAGAUGCUUAUGGUUUUGGCUGACAUUGAGCUUGCCCAGACCCUGAAGUCAGAGACUGAAAAGGCUCAGGAAGAGAUGAUAGAGACAGUUCCUCACCCUCUGGACCAGGACUACAAUUCACUCAAAUGCAAGCUCAGUCUGAUGGACAAAGAUACAGAAACAUUCAAGAUCAUAGAAACAUACCUGAAGGCAACCAAAGAUGACUAUCGGAAACCAAAAAUUCUCAAUGUUUGGGAAAUUGAUCGAGAGACAGAGGGAGCGCGGUUUAGAGAGAACAACAGCCUGGAGAACCGCCGUCUGCUGUGGCAUGGCACAAACAUUGCGGUGGUAGCAGCUAUCCUGAAAAGCGGUCUGAGGAUUAUGCCCCAUUCAGGAGGCCGUGUUGGUCGUGGUAUCUAUUUUGCAUCUGAAAACAGCAAGUCUGCAUGUUACGUGCGCACCUCUAAGAAUACUGGAGUGAUGUUCCUGUGUGAGGUAGCCCUCGGCAAAGAAAAUACCAUCACCAAAGACAACUCUUCCUUGAAAAAGGCUCCUGCAGGCUAUGAUAGUGUGGUGGCGCGAGGAUCAGUAGAACCAGAUCCAUCCAAGGACGUCUAUAUCACCCUGGAUGGCAAGGAGGUUGCUGUGCCUCAGGGUGAGCCUAUCAGUCAGCCCCAGUUCAAAGAUAGCUACUUCAGCAACAGUGAAUAUCUCAUCUACAAAGAGAGCCAGUGUUGCCUUCGAUACCUGCUGGAGUUGCAUAUGUCACACUAAUUCAAGGAAAGAAGCAGGUCUUUGGAAAGAGAAACGAUUCUUAUUUAUUCUGUAUAACGUGCUUCCUAAAAACCUUUACUGUGCUGUUUUCUUAAAAUAAUGUGGUUACUCACUUCAUUAUUACAGUUCUUGUUCAGAUAUACCUGUCACGAUGCAUAAGUUACUCAUACUUCUCAGUGUUUCCCCUAUCCUGGGGGGGGGGGGGGACGCGCUCAGGGCUGGUGUGGUGUGGGAGGGUGGGGGGGCAUGCGCAUCAAAUCUGGCUUGGUGCCAUAUCGUUGACAGGUAGCUUGCUGGCACGUCUUGCAUGAAAACAAGGUAGAUGUCGCCCUUUUCAGGAUUAAUGGGCAAAGGACUAAGCCUAGGCAAUUUUUAAAACCCCUUAUGUAAAAGUUAUCCUUGCAACCUUACGGUUCAAAUGUAAAACUUCACAAGUUGCGAGGGCAGUUCUGCACUGAUUAAUCAAGUCAUCGCACUUCGGUAGUUGAAUUUGCAUUGCUACUUCGUUUAGCCUACUGAUAAUUUAAUUAUGUGUGAGAUUUAGCUGACUUUGGCCUACCGGUUUGCAAUCCCUAUUUUAGUUAGGCUGUCCCAUGUUAGAGAAGCAACUUUAGUCUAUGUAAAUUGCCCAUCAAAAUGUUCAUUAGCCAAUUUAUCACUCUUUUAAUAGUCCAACAAUCCAAGCAUCUCCAUGUCAAAAGUAGACUAGUAAUAGCCUACAUGAUGCCUGUUUUCGGCUAAAUAAAAUGAGAGCUGCACUCAGAGUGGAAGGAGAAAAGGAGAUAGAGAACGCUGAGCUGAGAAACAGAUGAAAACCAGACUGUACUGAUAGGCCCACCCUAUUUCGUAAAGGCCCGCCUAAUUUCUGGCUACGCCACUGCCCCUAUCCCCGCCGAGGCUUCCCCCCACCUGUACAAGGCAGGAUCCCACAAUUUCUGGUCUGCGUUCUUGGGGUGGGGUGGGAGGUGCCGUGGGAGGGGGGAAACAAUUGCAGGGGAAACACUGCUUCUCUGUGCCUUAUAUUUCGCACACUGUAAAACUGGCCUGAGAGUACUAUGAUGCACUUCUGUUAUACUGUAUUUAAUCUUCCUAGUCCAAUGGAAAAAAAUCUGUUUGUCACUUCUUACUUGACCCUGGUAUCCCAAUGUCUCAAAGACUUCUGGGUAUUUGCACAGUUUUCUUUUUAACUGACAUGCUGCCCCUUUGUUUUUUUAUUUAGCAUCUCAACUAUGGUUUGAUUAGCUUCAUGGUUCCUGCAGUGGUAGGCAAUGCUAAACCUGACCCUCAGAUAGAAAAUAUCUUUGAUAUGUAGAAGGAAUGUAGUGUGUGCUUUUGAAGUUAUGUAGGCAUUUUGAAUAAUGUUCCACAGUAUAGAAGAAGUAAAAAUAAUGCUCUAUGUAGAGAAACGUUUACAAGCAGAAAUAUAAAGUGCAAUGUGUGGCUAAUGUUUAAACACUAGUACAAAUUUGAUAUUUUACUGAGCUGUAAAGAAAGAUUCUGUGAGUGCUUCUGCAAUGCAAAGUAAUGUAACAUGUAAGUUCUGAAUAGCCUGGGCAAAUUUCUUGCCCUGUAGAUCGCCUUUCUACUUUAGAAAUGUCACCAUAUGGUGUCAGUAAUGAGCAACUCUUUGUAAUGUAAUGCCUCAGCAUUUUGCACUAAUUGUCACUACUUGAAUUAAUGGUUAGUUAAUAAAGCAAAGAGCCCCUCUAA